AUGGCCGCGUCCAAGGGAGCAGUAGUGUUAAAGAUGGUUAAGAAAAUUGCUAUACAGUUUUGCCCUUUUGAAUCUAAUGUCCGUUCAACAAGAGAUUUUCUCGUGAUGGUCGGGUCUGAAAAGGCCAGAUCCACACAUUUAAACUGUGAAGUUAUUACAGAAGUAAAGCAUGACCGGUCUGAGCCUAUGAUUGACAUCAUAUUCAUGGACGGAGAGAGGCUGGUGAUGAAAGGAUCCAAACUAACCACUCAAGAAAUGCUCUCAGCUCUACAAACCCGUUGCAUUGCUAAAGAUCCUCAGGCUAAAGCAGGGGACAAGAAAUAGCCUAUUCUUAGUGUGUUUCUUUUGUGUAUUUAUGUUUGUAAACAAUAAACAAUUUGUAUA